CGUCACUCACUGUCAAGUGUCAGUCUAGUUCAGUUGUUCCAGUUGUCUACACUGCAGUUAAAAGUUAUAAUAUUUAUAGUCAAUAAUAGUCAUUUAUUAAUGGUGUUUCGCUAUUUACGUGAUGAGUAGAAAAUAUUCAUUGAAAACCUCCUUUUAAACGUGUCAUUAGAAUAUAUUCAGAGAAAGUUGUUGGCGCGUAGCCUAAAUUAAAAACAAAAAAAUUAGAGAUGUCGAUUUUUAGAAUAUUAAGUAGAAGUAGCCGUUUAGGCUUAAAAAGUAUCAGUGUACAACAACAGAACUUUCUUAAAAUGUCAACAAAUGCCUCCAUAUCAGAGUUGCAAAGAGAAAAGGAAACAUUCCAGGACCUAUUACCGAACAUUAUGGAAACAAUGUUAAAAAACACAAGAUUCACAAAUAUGCCUGAAGUUGCGAACUGGACAAAACAGGUUCUAGAAUAUAAUCUACACGGCGGCAAGAAAACUCGAGGAUUGACCACAACACUCGCAUAUGAAACUCUAGAGCACCCAGAUAAUAUCACAGAAGAAUCUCUCAAAGUCAGCCGCGUCGUAGGAUGGUGCGUCGAAAUGUUACACGCUUACUUCUUGGUGAUGGACGACAUCAUGGACGGUUCCACGAAGCGCCGUGGGGUCCCGUGCUGGUACCGCCUGCCGAACAUCGGCCUCGGAGCCAUUAACGACUCAAUAUUAAUUCAUUCAUCUAUAUAUGAAAUACUGAAACUUUACUGCGAGAAUCUGCCGCAUUACAAACACAUUGUGGACCAGUUUAACGAGGCGUUGUUGUACACAUCCAUGGGCCAACAUUUGGACUACACGAUGGCACAUCGCAACAAGAACGAUUACAGUCUGUUUACGUUAGAGAGAUACAGUUCUAUCGUUAAAUACAAGACCGCGUACUACACCUACAAACUACCGGUGUCCCUGGGACUGCUCUUGGCUAACAAUACUGAUAUGAAGACCCAUAAAAUUGCUGAGGAGAUAUGUUUAGAAAUUGGACACUUAUUUCAAAUGCAGGACGAUUUUAUAGAUACUUUCGGAGUUGAAAAAGUGACUGGCAAAGUGGGCACUGAUAUCCAAGAAGGCAAGUGUUCCUGGCUCGCUGUACAAGCAUUGGAAAGGUGUAAUUCGAAACAGAUGAAAGUAUUCACAGCUUGCUAUGGUAGCCCAGAACCAGCGCACAUUGAACGGAUCAAGAGAUUAUACGAGGAAUUGGAACUACCCGCGAUAUACCAGAAGGAGGAAAGGGAUCGCUACAACUCGGUAGUACAGCGCGUCCGGCAACUACCCACUGAAACAUCCAUGUCGCCAGAUCUGUUCUUAAAGUUACUCGACAUGAUAUAUGACAGGAAAAAUUAAAUAUCGAUCUUAUGUACAUAGGAGUUAUUUAACGAUAAUAAGUAUUUUUUAUUAAUUUUAAA